ACAAAAAUGGCGCAUGUUUUGAAAGAAGACAAGUUGAGACUCGUUCUUUGAUAAUAUUGAGUGUGCGGGAUUAUUUUUACCUCCACACUGUGGCAUGCAUAGACCUGUAUUCUGUAUGACAUAGUUCCUAAGGAAAACAGUAUGUCAGGCGAGGACGCUGGGGAUUAACACGAGUUUCAGGUUAUGUUGUUAUCCCAUCAUCUGAAAAUGUAGAUAAAUUAUGACAAUCUACAAGUUUCCAUUGGAUUAAUGUUGUGCAUGGGAGCAUUGACAAAAUAUUUGCAAUCUUGAUUGCAAGGUACCUCAAUGUGGAAAGAUGGAUGAUAGAAUACACAGAAUAAAUGAAAAUCUUCAGGGUACCACCAGAAACUUGCGCUCUCUGGAUCAUAUGUUGGAUGACUAUAGAGAUGUUGCCAGGGACCAACGCAGUGCUGUUGAUAGACUGAGAGAGGACGUCGCAAGAACUCGGACUCAGCUACAUGAGGAAAGACUCCGCAGUCCUGGUUACAGACAUUACGAGGGAGACAUAUAUGCAUCAAAGAGUGACAGUGAAUAUGAAGGAUCCCCGUCCCCCAGCAGACGACGACGUCGCAGCAGACGGUCCACAGUGAGGUUUGCAGACGACAUGAACAGAGAACUUCACGACCUGAACAGUUCGGUCCGAGAUCUGUCCACUGAUCAGUUUGAACUCAGGGGUCACUUCAACAGAGAGAUGGAUAGGAGGGAAAGAUUUGAUUCUGAUACGAGAAGAACAAUGAGGGAGAUUUCUGAGAAUCUGAAGAGACUGCCACAGACAGACCCGGUUGCUAUGAGAGUGGAGAGUCGUCUAGCUUCCAUACAGAAUGAAAUGAGGGCAGACAGACAUUUAGGUGAUCGCUAUGAUGAGUUGGCCAAUCUGUCCUCUGACCUACGACAUGCUUUAAGAGAGCACCAUCACAUACAACAAUCAGCAGCAGAUGAGAGGAUACGUAAUCAAUAUAUACAGGCAGAGGCUCAGAAACACAGGAUUGAAUCUGACCUUGACCUUUUGAAAAGAAAAUUGGACCAAAGUGAAGGUGGAAAAGCAGCUCUUCAAAAUCAGGUUGAAGAUCUAAGGAGUCAGUUGAAUCGUAUGGAGCAGGAAAGAGCUCGUGUCAAGUUACAUAUGGAAGAAAAACAGUAUGAAGAGGAACUCAGAGAAAGGCGCAAGAGGCGUUCAGUUGAGGAGGAUAAAGACAGAGAGAGAAAGGCCAUGGAGAGAGAAAUCUCAGACCUAAGGAGUCAGUUGUCCCGGGCCAUUAGUGCUGGGAGUGAGGCAGAGGAACUCCGACGAGGAAUAGAAAGGAGUGAAAGACAGAGGGUGCAACUCUCAGAUCACAUAGAGACACUAACAAAGGAUUUAGAAAACCGAGAGAAACAGACUGCCAAGUUAAUUACUCAACUCAAAGAGGUGUCUGAUAAAUAUGAUGAGUCCGAGAGACAGAAAGGACAACUAAUAGCUCAGUUUGAUGACACGGCCCAGAGGUUUAAAGACUGUAACAAAGAACUAGACCGGGUGUCCACCGAGUUACGGAACACUCAGCAAGGACUACAGGAGACAGAGAGGAAGAGGGACGAGUUCAAAGGUCGUGCUCAAGAAACAGUACGACAAUGGAAGUUGAAGGUGAAGCAGUUGGAGCGUGAAGUAGACAGACAUAAACAUGGUGCUAAUCAGCUGAUGCAGAGAAAUGAACAGCUGGUGAAGGAAGUGGAGGGGCAUCGUCAGAACCUCCAUCACACGGGGAUACAGAUGGAGAACAUGAAGAGGGAGCUGGGCGACGCCCUGGCUGUGAGGGCAGCUCAGGAUGAACAACUUCGUCUGAAGGAUGUGGAAAUCAAUGAACUGAAGUCAGUCAGGAUGGACUUAGACCGGGAACUCAGGGACGUCCGUACUGUAGCAGACAGGCUUGAAAAUGAACUACACACGGUAUCACAUCGCCUGACACAAGUCACGGACGACAAGAACAAAAUGGAAGACAAACUCUCCUCCAUUGAGGCAGCUCAUAUUUUGUCACAGGACCAAGCUGUUCAGCUGCAGCAAGAGUUGAAGGAAAUGAGCGCUCUUAAGGCAGAAAUAGCAGCUAAGUUAUCCGAAUCAAACGGCAAAGUCCAUGAUUUGAAGCAAAAUUUUAUAGAACUUCAGCACAGAGAAAAGGCAGCACGAGAAGAAUCUAAAAUGUACCAAAGACAACUAAAUGAUGAGAGGGAAAAUCAUCAUGUUGCUUUGGAGGCUGUAAAACGAGAAUUAAAUGAGGUCAAGGUGAGAGAGGCCCACGUCAUGCAGGAUAUACAGCGUAAAAUGAAAAGGAGUCAUGCUGAGUAUGAGGCCACAAUACAGGCUCUGAAGAUGGAACUGUCUGAGGAGAAGUCAGCACAUAAAAUCUCCAAACGCAACGAAGAAAAGUUCAGACAGGAGGUGGACAGAUUAGCUCAAGAAAUUGCAAGAUGUGAGGAAGACAAUCAGAAACUGUCGAGACGACUGGAGAUGGCCCGAGAAGAAUUUGAGACACAGUUCUUCAUAAAGAAAGAAAAACGUGCCCGCAGCAGGUCACCUAGACCUUGCAUAAAGUUACAGCGCAAGAAAACUACUCAGAUGGCUGAAACAGAUUUAUCAAGGGUUAAGAAUGUUGAAGAAGAACUCCUUAAAGCCAGAAAUGAUUGCAAGAGAUUCCAAGCUAACUUUGAGGGACUCAUUCAUGAAAUGGUGGCAGAGGUGGAUGCUCUAAUGGAUAUUGCAGCCUCAGGGUCCAAAGAGAAACAGAAGACAGUGGCUUCAUGUAAGGGAACAUCAAAUGGACCCUCUACAGCCCUCCAAGAAAUCAAGGCUAAAAUGAAAUGGUUACGAGGGGAAAUCCGGGAUAAAAUAAAGAUGGAACAGGCACUGAAGAAAGACCUGCAGGAGGCUUUGUCCUGUAACGAAACUGACCGACACUUCCUCAUGUCUGAGCUUGCCAAACGUGAUGGGGUCCUGGAUGAACUCUCUACUGUCAAGCAUGAAUUAAGUCAUAGGGAAGCUGAAAAUCUUCACUGUGUUGAGACUUUGCAGACUCAAAUUUUGGACUUAACAGAUGAACUUGAACUGCGUAAAAUUAGAGAAGAGGAACUAUUGAGGCAACAGGCCAUGGACAACAAACACGUAAUAGAAGAAAUCGAAGAACUGAGAGGUGUACAAGAGGAGAAGGCCAGAAUUGAACAGAGAUACGUCAAACUACAGGACACCAUGCGAGCACUCCAGAGUGAGCUCAAAUCUGCUAAUUUCUAUGGAGACAAGAUUGAAGAGAUUGAGAAAAACAUGCACAAUUUACGGAAAUCUCCCAGGAGGAAAAACGUUCGAAUCCAGGAGGGUCCCUCUUUACGAUCAAGGUCGAGGUCAAGGUCAAAAAGUCCUGGAAGACGAAUUCCCAUUUCAUAGUAAUGGUGCACAUCUCUAGUCCUUCUCCACAUUUCUCUGACAAUUAGCCUGAUCCAUUUUGGUUACUGUCCUUUCAAUAAAAUUCUAUUGGAGGGAUGGAAGCAGAUUUUAUUUCAAUCCUUUUAAGGGAUGAUGGAAUUACAAUAAUUGUAUGAGCAGAUGCUGAUGUGUCUGCAGAUUGCUAGAAUACCAUAUGGUUAUGUCUGUAAAUACUACAUAUAGAUGUAUGUACAUACAAUUAUUUAUUUUUGUUUGUUACAGGUAUAUCGUCUACAAGAUAAUUUUGUAGAUGCAAAGUAUUAUGUAAAAACAUGUACAUGUAUACAGUAUGUUUCAAGUGCUUUAGAUUGUUUUUGUUUUUAAUAUAAGAAGAGUAGGCAUUACAGAACAGAAUUAAAUGUUCAUAGAACUCCAUGAAGUCUAGGAUUUGUGAACAAAAACAUAUUUUAUUACAUUGCAUGUUGCAUUUGUAAAAUGAGAAAAUUUUCCUUAAAGGUCUGUGUACAUUUUGUUCAUGUACAUUAUUUAUAAAAAUGUACAUGGAUUUAAUAUUACAGGGAAAAAAAUGUCUCCUAUUUUACACAUUCCAUUGCAAGUGUAUUCAAAGGUGCAUUGAAAAUAAAAAGUUUGUAAGAGGAUAUUUGUAAAUUAAUGGCAAUAUUUUGUGUACAUGUUCUUACCUUAUCUGUGAUAAUUGCAUUUACAUGUAUUAUAUAUUGUUGUACACACAGAAUUUUAAAUGUUGUGAAAAAAUUUAUGUUGUAUUUAUAUUUUGCCAUACCAUUUUUGAACAAAAUUUUUUAUAUCUUCAGAUACAUGUAGACAUGUAUCUUUACUGAACAAUUUUAUUUCAUGUGAUUUUUUUAAGACGUAGAAAUUUUAAAUACAUCUUUACCAUUUGUGUUUUUUUUUCCUUAAUAUCUACAUGUAUUUCAUUCCAAAUUUUAUUAUUAGAAUAUAUUUAUAUAUUGAGUAGAUCUGAUCUUUUUUCUUUUACUGUUAGAUUGAAAGUUUUCAAUUUUUGAAGUCUUUAUAUAUAAUAUGUUAAAGAUAUUAUAUUUAUAUUCACUUUGAUUUAGAUAUCGCAUUCUCCCAAGAUUUUUAUGUAUGAUAAGAUCACAUUGUAGAUGAUUAUAAAUAGAAUCAAUCCUGCAUAUACACAUCAUUAUGCAUUUUACUUUUAUCUCAUUUCGAUAUACUGUAAGGGAAACAGGGGCCUUGCAAGGGUAAAAAAAAUGUUCUGUUUCGAGCUGUCUCAAUUUUUUUUUCAUAUAUCUUAUAGAUUUGUCUGUUAUAAUGUUGUAAAACUUAUUUUUUAACUUUCCUAUCAUACAAUUUCUUCAAAGAAUUUUCUCUCCUUUCAAAGUAUAUCAGAUAAAAGUUAUCAAGAUAUGCAACUGAAUUUCACCAAAACAUCUAUUUCAGUGAAUUUAUAAAUUAUGCCAGCAACGUCUUUGUACAUUUUGUAUCAGUACACUGUAUUAUGUGUGGGAUGAUAGUAGUGUGAGAAAUGGUUUGUGAUAAACUAUUUAAGUGAAAAAUCAAAUCCAUAUUGUCAUCUAUUUAUUUAUUUAUCAAUAAAUAAAGCGACACAGAAA